CAUCCUGGAGAAAGUCCGACACGCCAACCUUAUAACGUUUGUCAAGAUCAGUGACCAACAGCACCGCGUUUACUUAUACAUGGAGUACUGCAAAAACGGUGACUUGGCCCGGAUGAUCAAGAACAACGGACCGUACACCGAACGAAACGCCCGUCAUCUGUUCAUCCAGAUCGUUGCCGCCAUCGAGUACUUGCACAGUAUAGACGUGGCACACAGAGACCUUAAGCCGGAAAACGUGCUGCUCAACCACCUUAACCAGGUGAAAGUAGCCGACUUCGGCUUAGCCGCAUAUAUUCGCAAUCCAAUGAACGGCCGCCGGACCUUAGCGUACUCCCGAUGUGGCACCGAAACGUACAUGCCGCCCGAAGUGUUGAGCAACUCCAGUGAAGGCUACAACUCUACUUUAUUUGACAUAUGGUCGAUGGGAGGCGUACUGCACUUCAUGUUGACCGGUGAGGUGCCGUUCGUGGGCAAACGGAGUUCGGAAAUCUUGGCGCAACAGUUAACCGGCAACAUAUUUUUAUUCCGAGCGAAGCACGUGCUGACCGUGACCGCGUCCGUCAAGAGGCUGAUUCGGCUAAUGCUAGAGCCAGACGUCCUGAAACGGGCUAGGAUACCCGUGGUCAGGCGAUCCGAAUGGAUGAACCUCACUGAUCCCCCUGACUAA